AUGAGAGAAGCCAAUACCACACCUUUGACUCCACACUUAGCCAGAGCACUCAUUCCCCAGAAGUGUCCCAUCCCAGCGUUCGAGUGUUACGAUGGAUCCAGCGACCCUGCGGCCUAUCUUCGGUAUUACAAUCGUAUUUUAGCCAGAUGGGAUCAAGAUAACGCUGUCCUCUGCAGGUACUUCCCUUCAAGCUUGAAAGGAUCGGCCCUAUCUUGGUUCGAUAACCUACCCCCAAAUUCUAUCGACUCCUACAGCCAGCUCACUGAGAAGUUCUUGAGAACCUACAUAUACAACAAGGCUGUCAACGCAGGAAUGGACAAGCUCUUCUCAUUAGCGGUCACAUACAAGGAAACUAUCAGGGAAUAUACCGAUAGGUGGCACAAGAUUUGUCAAGCAAUAGGAAAUGUGGAUCUGAUAGUCAAUAUCAAUUGCUACAAGUGGGGGAUGGAUAGGAUGAGCCCGUUGUUUGUUGAUAUUCAUGGAAGUGUCCCCACGAUCGAAGGAGACCUUCGAGUAAUCAUCGAAAAGCACGCCAGAUUGGAGGAGAUCCAGCGGGAAAAUCCUAGGUCCCAAACGCAAAGAUCUCAUCGGACUAACUCAGUGGAGCAAUCCAGCGGAUCCAAUAGAGGAAACUCAACUGAACGUCCCAACGAAGAUAGGAGAGGACGAAGGGAUGAUCAUCGGCGUGAUGAUCAUAAAUUCGAAGAUCGUGUAUAUAUGAAGAAGAACACAAACUAUACUCGCAUCCUAAGAGAGAUUAAGAGUCAUGAAAACCUAGAAUGGCUUUGGUCCAAAGGAAAGCAUCCCCCAAGGUCCGAGAAGUCAAGAGAUUACUUUGAAUUCCACUGCUUCAACGGCCAUCAGACCGAAAAAUGCAAGAACCUCAAGAUAAUGAUCCAGAAGCUGAUCGACGUUGGCGACCUCAAGCAGUACAUACAGAAGGCAGAAACCGAUGAUAGGGAUAAACGAAGCAAGCAAGUCCAACUACCUGAAGGCAAUCGAACACUCAAUGCUAUCUCAUGCUCCGAACCUAAUGUCCCCUCGUUGACAGCCCAGAUAGGGAAAAGAUUGAGAAAGCAGUUUGAGGACUAUUGCGAGCUGUACAAAAUCAAUGGAGUCGAAGUUGAUGAGAACGAACAAUGGAUGAACGCACCAAUAACAUUUGAAGCUGAAGAUAUUGAGGAAGAUAUGGAGGACCACAACGAUCCUUCAGUUCUUACCUUACCGGUUGCAGGAUGCAACAUCAAGAAGGUUCUAAUUGACGGAGGGAGCUCAAUCAACGUCUUAUUUUAUGAUACGUUCAAACGGAUGGAAUUGAAUGAUGAGCAACUGAUGUCUUCAUACUAUACCAUCUAUGGAUUCAACGGCGCACCAACUAAGCCUCUAGGAGACAUCGUAUUAGAAGUUAUGUCAGGCCCAAUGAAAGUCGAUACCUGA